GUGUACUUGUGCUACCAUCAUAAGACGUACCAUAGACGUACGCUUGAGUGUAAUUUUCUGUCUAAGAAUGGCCGCGAUAUUGUCUAACUGUUCGCGGUACACGCCUCGUGUAAUAUCGCGAAUUUCUAUAUUACAAAAUAAGGUUGUGAGAUCCUUACAAAAAGAAGGACGCAUAUUAUAUAUCCAUACCAAACAUGUGGAUGUCACAACUCCAUUAUACUCGAAAAAUCUCCAAACUCAUAGAUGGAAAAUACCAACUAGAUAUUUACGUACUACUCCUGCAUUGUGGGAGAUUAGAGAAGUUGUAGUACCGGCAUUUGCCGAGAGCGUCAGCGAAGGAGAUGUGAGGUGGGAAAAAAAAGUUGGAGAUCAAGUAAAGGAAGAUGAUGUCUUGUGUGAAAUUGAAACUGACAAGACUUCAGUUCCUGUUCCUUCGCCUGGUCCAGGUGUAAUUAAAGAGAUUUUUAGCAAAGACGGUGAUACUGUUAAGCCAGGACAAAAAUUAUGUACUAUCGAUAUUGGUGCUACCGGUGGGGCUACCGCUGCACCGGACGUAUCAAAGGCAAAACCUGCAGAAGCUGCACCACCACCGCCACCGCCACCACCACCAACACCUCCACCUCCACCACCUUCACCUCCUACAGCUUCAAAACCAACAGCGGCACCACCAGUAACUCCGUCAGCUGUGCCGCCGCCUAGCGCUAAACCUCCACCCCCACAACCACCAAUUGCAUCUAUUCCAGUUGCUGCCAUCAAGCAUGCACAAUCAUUGGAAGGAGCAAAAGUUCAGUUACCACCGGUAGAUUAUACGCGUGAAAUAAUUGGUACGAGAACAGAGCAACGUGUUAAAAUGAAUAGAAUGCGUUUACGUAUAGCGGAAAGAUUAAAAGAUGCACAAAAUACGAAUGCUAUGUUAACGACAUUCAAUGAAAUUGAUAUGAGUCGAAUUAUGGAAUUUCGUAAAAUGCAUCAGGAAAAUUUCACGAAGAAAUACGGCCUCAAAUUAGGAUUCAUGAGUCCGUUUAUAGCAGCAAGUUGUUAUGCCCUGAAGGAUCAACCUGUUGUUAAUGCGGUUAUCGAUGGUACCGACAUAGUAUACAGAGAUUAUGUCGAUAUCAGCGUUGCAGUAGCUACGCCAAAAGGUCUUGUUGUUCCUGUUAUACGUAGUGUGGAAAAUAAAAACUUUGCAGAUAUAGAAAUCGCUUUAGCCGCAUUAGGAGAUAAAGCUAGAAAAGGAAAAAUAUCUGUAGAAGAUAUGGAUGGUGGAACCUUUACUAUAAGUAACGGUGGUGUAUUUGGUUCUCUCAUGGGAACUCCUAUAAUAAAUCCACCACAAAGUGCUAUUUUAGGAAUGCAUGGUGUUUUUGAGAGACCUAUUGCAGUUAAGGGACAGGUUGUUAUCCGACCAAUGAUGUACAUAGCUUUAACAUAUGAUCAUCGAUUAAUCGAUGGUCGCGAAGCUGUGAUGUUUUUGAGAAAAAUUAAAGAUGCGAUAGAAGAUCCAAGAAUAAUGUUGGCUGGUCUUUAAACAAAAGGAUAACAUAACAUACUCUCUCGUCGAAUUAAACGCGAUUUAAACGCGUCUCUCAUCCCUUUCUGCUGGUAUAUUUUGUACAUUGCUCUGUGUACGAUGCUCUAUUGUAUUAUAUUCUGUUCAUUUAUUGAAAGAUUUUAUAUAUACCAGUAAAGAGUUGUGUUGUAACGACUGAGAUUAAAAGGAAGUAUGACGACA